CUGCCCAUUCAACACAAACAGCUGUGGCAGUAGUUCAAAGGGGGUCUUUGACCUGCCAUCCCAGCCACAGCACAGACUGUACCAGAGACCAGAAGAGACAACAACAUCAACAACAGCUUCUCUUCCACCAAACCAAGUGGAUUACUCUUCAGCGAAAAGAGCAUUUAUCAUGGAGGAACCAGAGGACCCCUAUUACGUCACCAUGUAUUACCCAGGCUCAGUGUAUGUGGACAUGUCAGACGUAGUUCCUCCAGAAGUGAGACCCAAACCAGUUGUCCCUGCCAAGCCCCCAAAUGUAGGGGCUCCUUCCCCCUCCAGCCCCUUUCCACCCCAGGGGCCAGGCGGUGGAGCAGGCAGCGGUGGCGUCUCCGCCCCUCCUCCGAGUGCCAUUCCAGUCCCAAUCGGGAGUCACGGCCCGGGCUUCGCUGCCAAUCACGGUAUUGGUCAUGGUGUGGGCCACGGUGCGGGCCAUGGUGGGGGCCAUGCUACAGCACACAGCGGAGGUCAUGGUCAUGGCGGCUCCCACAGCUCCAGCGGAGGAUCCACUCUGCUGGGGUACAUUGGUAUUGACACCAUCAUUGAGCAGAUGAGGAAGAAAACCAUGAAGACUGGCUUUGAUUUCAAUAUCAUGGUAGUCGGUAACAGCGGUUUGGGAAAGUCGACUCUUGUGAACACCUUAUUCAAGUCCCAAGUGAGCAGGAGGAGCGCAGGAUGGGCCCGCGAUGAGAAGAUCCCCAAAACUGUGGAGAUCAAAGCAGUGUCUCAUGUCAUUGAGGAGGGUGGUGUGAAGAUGAAGCUGACAGUCGUUGACACUCCAGGCUUUGGAGACCAAAUCAAUAACGACAACUGCUGGGAACCCAUUUCCAAGUACAUCAAUGAGCAGUAUGAGAAGUUCCUAAAGGAAGAGGUCAACAUCACCAGAAAGAAGCGCAUCCCUGACACCAGGGUGCACUGCUGUCUCUAUUUCAUCUCCCCAACCGGACACUCACUUCGGCAGCUAGACACCGAGUUCAUGAAGCGCUUGAGUCACUCGGUCAACAUUAUUCCUGUCAUUGCCAAAGCAGACACGAUGACCAUUGAGGAGAGGCAGGAAUUCAAACAGCGGGUAAGAAAGGAGCUGGAGAUGGGCGGGAUUGAGUUUUACCCGCAAAAAGAGUUUGAUGAGGACAUGGAGGACAAAAGUGACAAUGACAAGAUCAGAGAGGCGAUGCCCUUUGCUGUGGUGGGCAGUGACAAAGAAUAUCAAGUGAAUGGCAAACGAGUUCUGGGGAGGAAGACAGCAUGGGGAAUCGUAGAAGUUGAAAAUCCCAACCAUUGUGAGUUUGCUCAACUGAGAGAUUUCCUGAUCAGGUCUCACCUCCAGGAUUUGAAGGAGGUCACUCAUAACAUUCACUAUGAAACUUACCGUGCCAAGAGACUGAACGAGAAUGGAGGCCUACACCCCAUAUCCUCCAACGACACCCAAGAAAGCAACCUGUAGUCAGUCAGUCAGUCAGUCAGUCAGGGGAGGAGUUCAGAUAAAGUAAGAGUGAAAACAGUGCAAUGAAGCUGAUAGAUGAAUCUACAGAAUAUUAUAAUCAGUCACCACAGCAUCGCUGCAUGCUUGGAAAACAUUUAAAUCUGUAAAAAUUGGUGUUUUUUUGUUUUUUUUGUGAUUCUAAAUUUCACCGAUUGUUUAAUCCACAUUCUUCCCCACAUCAUCCUGACACAUACACAUAUCAAACCCCUCUAGUCCCAUUUCAGAGUAACUCCUUUGAAUAUUUGGAUGAAAGGACAGUCCUACCCAGAGACUUAGUGCCAUUAUAAAAGUAACAUUUUAUCUACUGCCAAUGCCUUGUCAUUUAUCAUUGUCCGGGUAGUAUGAGCUUAGAAAGUGCCAUGUUAUAAUGUGUAUAAGAGGAUUAUUUUAAAGUUUUAGUGUUGUGUAGCAACCAAUGUCUGAAUUCAGACAAAGGAAAUUAUUUGCUCUCAAUAUAAAAAUCAUAAUUCCUUUGUAGUAGUGAUGCAUGAGCCAGCUCUGUAGUUGACUCUGUACAAAUUGCUUUUUUAAAAUUCUCUUCAGUAACUGUUCAUUUGAAGAAAGACUCCCUGUGGCUUUACUGUCAGGAGGGCUUAACAAACAUUACAAAUUUGUUUAAUCAAAGUUCCCUCGCUCUGUUUGAGUUUGAUUUACCAUUUUGAAAUAGGUAACGUGUGCAGACCUGCAUACUAAGAUCAGAGACAGCUGCAACAUCAGUCACAUAUGAAAUGCAAUUCGGUGGGCGACAAUGUGUGUGUAAUUAAAGAGUCCUCUGGGCGCAUGACUGUGCAUAUCCCAGAUUCUGUGAUUCUAUUAAUCACCGUAAUAGAGCAAAAAACUAAAUGAACAGUUUGCGACAGUACGGCUCAGCAUAUGUUGUUACACCACAGUGGGUAGAGAGGAAAGGGGAGCUGUCAUUUGUGUGCAUUUGUGCUGUGCUCACCUGCAUUGGCUGACUGUGUUCUUACAGUGACAAUGGAGUGCAAUUAUACAACCAAUGAGUGGUUUUAUUAUUAUUAAAUAUUAUGUUUUUUUCUGGAGCCAGAUGGACUUGUGACCUAUUCUGCCACUUAAAUUGACAACAUGCACCCAAUUUUAAUGCAAAUCUAAAAGCCUGCAAAGUUUAAUUUAAAAUGUAUUACUUUAUAGAAAUAAUAGAUUAACAUGGCAAAUGUCAUGAAAAAUCAAAUUUAAUUUACAAGCUCACUCAACAGAAGUAAGUCAUAUGGUGUAAAUCAGUAAGUGAAAAUCACUAGUCUUUGCUCAAGUUUUUUUUUGUUUGUUUUGUUUUUGUUUUUUAUUUGGUAGGCUUGGUUGAUUUAAUGCAUUUUCAUCCUAAUUGUAUCCACUCACCAUGAGAAGUGUAUUUUCUGCCCCCCCCCCCCCCCCCCAAACAAAAAAAAUUCCAUCCACUGGUGGUAAGUGGUAUACCUGUGCAACAAGUCGAAUAACAACAAGUCUGAACUGAAAACUAAAAACUGUUUUAUAUUAUUUAUAGUUUGAUGUCAUGUGCCAUGCAGAGUAUUGGUGAACGUAACAGUGAUCUGACCCAGAGAUGAGGACAGUAUUUUGCUUGUUUUUGUGUUGCUAUUUUAAAAUUGAAUUCCUCUUGUUCACCACUUGGUGGCAGCACUCUGCCAUGUAAAAGCAGUAACUCAACAGAACAAGAAAUAGGUACUUGGAUGUUGGUCCAAGUACCUAUUUCUUAUUCUUAAAACAUAUUGACUGGUUCUUGACCACUGUUGAGUUGUUCUGUUGCUUUACUGCUUUACUGCUUUGUGUCCUAAGCUGACACUCCAACUGUCAGUUUUUUCAUAUCAAAUCCAGUCUCAUUUCCUGAUGAAGUUUACAGAGUUUGGAUCCUCCACUGCUGUCAGUGAUAACUAAUACAGUAUAUCUCUCCAGAUCAGGUUUACAAGAAGCUUCAAGCUUUAACCCCAUAGUAUGCAGUCAGUGGGUGGGUGUAAUUAUUUAAAAUCAAUACAUUUAUUAAGUUGUAAACAUUCCUACUGUUCUACCAUGUACUGUCUGCAGUAGAGCACAAAGAUGCCAAAACCACAAGUAAAUCAAUCUUUGAAAAGCUAUCAAUAUUUUUGUUUUAAGUUGAAUCAUCAUUUUAUACAAACAUACACAUUUUUGCGAUUUUGAUAUGAAGUGUGAUGUCUGCAACAAAUGAUAAUAGUCAUCUGUGAUUUUAGUGCAGUCAAAGGUUUUCAAGCAGAAAUUUGAAAGUGUUUGUGUGUGCAUGCUUGUAUCCAUAUUGCCCAUUCGUUUACAGAAGUUCACACAUCACUGCAACUUUAAAUCAACUUAUCAGCUAUUUCUGAGUGUGUGAUGUGUACAUUAAAUUGCUAUAUCAUGAAGUAAAACGCUGCUGUCUUAACUCCUGUAACUAAAGUGACGGCCCACUGUCCACCUAUCACUCAUUCCUUUGAAUCAGUAUAACUUCACCUUGUAAAUCUAUUUAAUAACCACUUUUCUCAAAGUUGCUGUGACACAUUGAGAGAUAAUUUCUAGUGUUGUAUUAUUUAUACAUUAAUGUCUUAUUAUUAUUAUUGUAAUUUAUUCUUUAUUUAAUAAAGCACAU